AUGGAUAAGCUUCUUGAGCAUCCAGAGUUCACUGGUUGCAUUAGGCGCAUUCUUCAUGUUGCUUUUGUUGCUGGUGAAGAGUCGGGUUGGUCAAAUUUGAAAGCUCAGGUGGAUUUCGGGACUUACGAUCCUUCGGCUAGUGACUCUCGGUCUAGUUAUUCUUUGGCUUUGGAUGAUGCUCUUCUUGGUUUCACAACUAUGGAUUUUGUCGGCUUGCUUGGGUUGGGUCAUUUGGACAUGGUUGGGGUGCGGGCAUUGUGUGCCUUUGAUGAAGGCGUAGUUGGGUUGGGCGUAGGGGCAGGUGGAGGUGGAGAUGGUAAUGAUGAUGGCGUUGCUAUUGAGGGUGGCAAUGGUGAUGGUGAUGGUGUUAUUGGUGGGGGUGGCAACGGUGAUGGUGAUGGUGCUGUUGGUGGGGGUGGCAAUGGUGAUGCUGAUGGUGAUGGUGGUGGGGGUGGCAAUGGUGAUGGUGAUGGUGUUGCUGUUGGGGGUGGCAAUGGCGAUGGAGGUGGUGUUGCUGGUGUGUGA